CCUCCCUUCCUCAGGCACUCGGGAGCAACAGCCGCUCGAGGGAGGACACGGCCGCUCUGCCUUUCAGUUUUCUCCACUGCAAGUCUCUUUUUACGUUGUGACAGCUGACACUCGCUGCUUCACAGGAAACUAACACGUUCAGGAGGUGACAGUAUUAUGGCCGAUGGGAUGUUGUCCCUGUCGUGGAACAAUCACAGCACCACCUUCACCCACACCCUCGCCACCCUCAGGGAAAAGGAGAGGUACACAGAUGUAACCUUAUCCUGUGAGGGACGGUUCUACCCAGUUCACAAGCUUGUUCUUUCAACAUGUAGCGAGUACUUCAUGCGCAUGUUUGAGCUGACACCCUGCAAGCAUCCAGUGGUUGUGCUGCAGGAUGUCCAAUGCAAGGAGAUGGAGGCUCUGUUGAGCUACAUGUAUGCUGGAGUGGUGAGUGUGGCCCAGAGUGACCUGCCACAGCUCAUCAAGGUUGCCGAGGCACUGCAGAUUAAAGGCUUGGCAGUUCCUGAUGAAAAUCUCUGCAGCAAUAUGAAGUUUGGCCAUACCUGGAGUCCCACUGAUGGCAAGAACAGUCCAUUUCCCAAGAAGAUCAAAAGAGAGGAGAAUGGGACACAGACACACAGAAUCUCAGAACCCAGGCCAGGAAUCAGCCCCCAGUCUGUCUCACGAGCCAACACUCAAGGAUACAAUGCACUCAGUACAUCUUACAACAACAUGAUAAAUGCUCACAGGUACUCACCCUACAGCAGGGAAGGAGAUGUGUCCUCUGGCCAAAGAGGGAAUAAGAAGGACCAGAUCGUUGUCCCAAGAGUCACACCAAAGCUGGAACACAAGUCAGAGAACAGAAAUAAUAAGCAGACCAAUUCAAGAUCUUUUCCAAGAACAGAUUACUCCAAGAGCAGCUACAGACUAGACAGAGACCACACAGAUGACCACAAGGACCUGUCAGAUGAAGGUCAUGAUAGGUACUUGGACACAGAUGAUGAAAAUUCCUCUGAAAUGCAGGAAGUUUUGCCAGUCAGUCUUGUGAAGGUUGAAGUAAAAGACGAGGAAGAUGACGAGCACAUAGAUGUGGACGAUACUGGCUACGACUCCAAACAUGAAUCCAAUCAGCCCCUUCCCCUCCUGGUGCCCAAGCGAGAGCCCAUCGAAGACUACCGCUCCAUGUCAUCAGGCUCUGAGAGGCGAAGCCUUCAUUAUUCUCCCUGGCAAGCCCUGCGGGAGGCACACUAAGGCUGCGUCAGUGAGGGAUAACGGAAGCUGCCGGUAACUCGUGCAUUCUAACUGAUGAGCCAGUGAGGUGGACGUUAACACUGCACUGCCAAGAGUGUUAACGUUCCAGUGGUGUUUGGUAGAGGCGUUGCAGAGGACAUCACCAUCAUCCAACACAUCCAACAGUUUUUUUCUUUUCCUGUAAGGGACAAACAGUUGGGUUUAAGAUUUUGUGAUCAGAAUAAGAUUCUAAAUGACUAUGUUUUGGAAGCAUAUCUUCAAAUGCCAUUGGGUUGAAGCAUAAAUUUGAAUACCAUCAGGUUAACCAUGCACUUAACAGGCUUAUCUUUUGUUGUUAUAUGCCAGUCAGAAGUUUGUUCCUUGACCACCUUUUCUUCUGGUAUGCAAGCAUGGUUUGGUUUUGUAUGAAUCUUCCCUGCACAGUUGGUAAAUGUCACAGGUGCCUUCAGCAGGUGUAGUACAAAGUCAUUCAUUAUCAUGUUUGCUUAACAUCAGUGCCGAAGUAUGUAGUUAUAGAUAACAGAACUUACAUGAAUUACCAGUCUUUGACUGGUUUUGAAGAAUUUGAGUGUCAUCAGUGACAUGGAACCAAUUCUCCAUGAAGUGGCAUGCAGACAUUUUGUUAUUAUUUUAUCCCACCAUAAGCUUGUCAUUGUAAAGAAAGUUAUGUUUAAUGAAAAUGGUGAUUUUUAAAUAGGUAUUAUUCAAAACUUUAUUCAUAGGGAUAAAGUAGAAUUAAGAGACAUAUACUAAGCUGCACUUUGUCUUGGGACUUGUGUGUCUUUGACCCCAGAGGCUGGCCUUGGUCAAGGGGACAUACACCCAGCUGGGAUAUUUGGAUUGCCACAGUGUCAUACUCUCCAGUCCAGAUUUUCCAGGUGUUGUUUUAUUUGCCACACACUAAGGGAUGGUAAAUAGCCAGGCAGGCCAUGUCAUCUGCCUUACCCUGGGCUUGAAGGCAGGCCCAGAUUUGUGGCUAUGUAUAGUUUGCUGUCACCCCAAAUGGCCAGAAUGAAAUAGGUAAAGGAUAUAAUGUUAAGAGAUAGAUAAGGCAGUGAAUAUGGAUAUCGCCUAGCCAUGAAUUUCACUUAUAGUUUUCUCACAGGCAUUCAGUAAACUAAAGAUCCAGAGCACCAGCUAAGCCUAGACAGUGGCAACGUAUCCGCUAAAUCAGAAAUACUACUCUAUGGCAGUAUUAGUUUGCUUAACUUCAUUGAAUCUAUGGUGGAAAAUUGAGUAUAAUUUUAUGUAAAGAAAUUGUUCAGUUAUUUUCCCUUUAUCAUGUACAUCUGGUUGUCUUUAAUGUGUAUUGCAUAUUGUUCAGAAAAAGCUGAGGAAGAGCUCCGUGUCAGAAUAUGUAUCCGCUGAUGACUUGGCUUGAGUUAACAUGUAUUAUAGAUAUAAAACUGGCAAAAUGUACAAGAAAACAUAAGCACGUAUAUUCCAGGAAUACAGUGAGUUUAUUACUCUAAUGUUAAUCACAAUACAUAGAAACUAGAACAUUGUGCAUAAAAUUCUAUAUUGAAUCCAGAAGCAGUUGAUGAGGCAUAUGAGAGGCACAGGUAGUACUGCACCACAAACUUUGGUCCUCCAAUUGCUAGAUGUAAGUAAAUUUCCAAAUUGCUGUAUGGUUUCAAUUAAGAUAUGAUAAUUUGAAAUUACAACUCAUAAAAUGUAUAUAUUACUUCUCUGACAAUAGAUCUGUUAGGAAGUUUUUAUUAAAAAUGAUGAUUGAUUUGAUUAUUGUAUAUAAUUUAUUAGGUAAGACAGUCUUUAACAUGUUAGGUAGUGUACCUACACCAAGCUUCUAGAUCAUAGCCAAACUGUCUUGCUAGAAUGAUGGAAUUACUGUAAUAUAUCUAGAUGGGUUGAAUGGCCUAUUAUAUGUCACAGAUUAUUAUUUUGUUGCUGUUGCACUUCUAUGGUGUAUCUUUUAACUUUUACUGUUACUGUAUGAGACAUCCCACAUUAGAGGAUGUACUCAGACCAAGUUUUCUAAAGAAGGUAUUGACUCAAGACUUUUGGUCUGCUUUCAUUCUCCAGUGCAGGAUGCCUCAUCACAGAGCAAUCACAAGCUGAAAUCUGUAUUAAGCAUUGCUAUUCCCAAAACCUAUUUUGAUUAUUGGUGCUGAGUAAGAUAUUUUAUAUAGUUUUAUUAUGCUUUAAGUAAUCUAAUUUUUCUUUUCUUAAGAAAGGUCAGUGUCAGAAAUGUCAGAAAUUUCUCUAUCUGUAGAAAAAUAUGAAUUACUUUUAUAAAUUAUUAUAUACUUGUGUAUGAUUUUUAGUGGAUUUAUGAAUGACUAUUUGCACUUAACAGCAGGUAAUUGUGUAGAGUGGUGAUGGAAAGUGAUUGCAUAAGAUGUGCAUGACAAGAAGGGCUGUAGAGGUUCCUCCCCAUAAAGAAAUAUUGACAAGCUGUCUCUCUCUUCAUAUUUUAGGAGCAGAAGGAGCUUUGUAAAUUUUCACACACACACACACACACACACACACACACACACACACACACACACACACACACACAGCUAGCAAACAGGGAGGAUCUGGCAGUUUGCACUAAUGGUGUUUGUUGCCCUUUGAGCUGAACGAUAUUUUGCAUACACUGCUUCUCUGUGCUUUGCUGUUUAUCUGCACCUGGUAGAUUGGGUUCCCAUUCAGAGCACUGUAAAUAACCACAGCAGCACCCUUGGCAAGCCAAAGCAGCACCAUGCAUAUACCAGUCUCUUAGCGACCCUUGGUUGUUUAAUCAUAGCAUCACUUGUAGGAAAAUAACCAAAGAACAGCACAUAGCAUUUAUAGAUUGACCAGAAAUAUUCUCAUCUCAUUAUGUACAAUAUUUUCACCAGUCUCUCAUUCAGUCCUCUGUGUCCUCUGUAAUAGCUCUCCACUGAAAGGAUUAUUGUUUUCUGCACUGAUUCAUGUGUGUAUCAGUGAUUCACAUAAGCCAGUUGUGUUCUCUAAUAUUCUCUCUACAAGUCAAAUUCAACCAAACUUAUUUGAUGCUAAAAUAUUUAGGAAAUCCAUGUGGCAGAUUGUCUAUCAUUGAUGUAUUACAUAUUAUAAUAAUGUCUUGGUGACAAGAUUCAGUGGAAGUAUUAAACUCAACAGGUAAUAUAAAUAAUACAGUAUUGAACUUUUAUUUUUUAAGUAGGACAGAUUUUAAUGACCUUAGCUGCUAGUUUCUUGCAGUUCUCUACUCUGUAUUUGCUGAAUGAUAGACUUGUUGAUGAAAAGAUAGAGACGCGUUAUAAAAAAAAAAUGCCUGUAAUGUCCGUAAAUCUGUGUAAAGUUCAUGUGACUUAGUUAUACAAUAGUGAAGUAUAAUUGAUUUCCAUGACCAUAGAUGGGUCAGUUUGAACAGAGUAUAGGUCGUGUUUCAGUGUAAAGUAUAGACAUAAUGAAUAGGUUUGUAUAUUGAUUAUAAUAUAUUAAUGAUAGUCUGAG